UUGUAUUUGUAGUUAAAAAGGGGCAAACAAGAAAAAAUGAAAAUAGAGAUGGAAAAUAGCUGCUUUGCAAUAGGCGGACGCGUCACCAAUGGUUUCAGCGGUGGAUGGUGGUGUGCAAUUUGAAUGCAGGCUUGCGGAUGAAAUGGUAGCAAUGAUUAAAGAGGAGACGGAGUUAAGAGAGGCUGUAUGCAUGGAGGGGACAGUACGGAGUGAACGACUUCCUUCUCUGGGCCCGAAGAAGGGCUCAGUCUGUGUAUUCUGUACCUGUAGCUUGUAUUUGUCGGCGCUUACGUGCAGCUGCUCUCCUGGAAAAUUAGCGUGCCUCCAGCAUGGGAGCCAGCUGUGUAAGUGUAGUGCACGCAUGAGGAAGAUGGUUUACGUGAAGUCGAUCAUGGAGUUGGAGGAGCUCAGCAAACAAGUCAAGGCACUAGUUCGUGGGGAAGAUAAACGUGCACGCCCGAAGUCUUCUCAAGAGGAGAAGAGGAACACAACUGUUGCCAAGUUCCUUCAAGUUUAUCGCGCCAGAAGAGCAGAGCGAAUAGCAGAUUGGCUGCAGAACGCCGACGCGUUGGUGAAGAUGAAGGAGGCAGAUGGAUCAAAGGGUGUUCUGGAGAAGGCAGAAGCCCUUCUGGUGCUUGCAGAGGAAUUUAUAUGGGGUGAACUGGGAAGGUGGAAGAAGGAAAAGGUAAAAGUGGAGGAAAAGGUGUGGGUUAAAGGGGCAGGUGAGGACACGGGAGGUGGAAGACAAGGAAAGGACAGGGGAGAAGUAGGCGGCAACGUGGGCAGGAACAAGGCGGACAACAAAGGGUAUCAGCUGGAGGCACAGCAUCUUACGUACGGGGUUCACAGCUAUACUUUCGGAAGUCUUUCCCUAAAGUAAUGUGCCAGUUGUGCCAAAUGCAUGGGGGUAUGAAUAGGAAUACUCUGUUCGUAAAGUUGUGUGCCAGUAAUGGGCCCCAAUUAGAUAUUCAUUUUACCUUUUUAGGAAAGUCAGAUUGCGCAACAACCAAUUGACCAAUCAUCAGCGUGAAGCUCCUCUACCUUGAGGCUUUUGGCAUAUGCUCUGUGAUGCAUGUGUGUAGGUUGCUUCUGCUGUAUAAAUGUGGCCUUGGCAGAUCUACUUGUUUAACUGUCUCAGGAGAGAAUCAAUCGACUUGUGUCAUCUCUACGUCUUCUUCUCAAUUGCCCGUGGUCUUCAUCUUUUCUGUUUUUCUGUUUUUCUGUUUUUUCUGUUUUUUCUGUUCUUUUACCCUCGCUGGUUCCGCAUACAUCAUCAGAGGGCUCUUGUAGCUGAAGAAUCCUCAAAGGUCCCUGUGUUGUUUUUUAUGUUCAAAAUUUUCCCUAUGAAGUCUAAAGUUUAAAUG